AUGCUGCUAUGAGAUUUCUUUGUCUGAGUUGGGGCUUUAGCAAUUUUAUAUUACCUUGGAAAAUGGGCCAUUAGGACUUUUUCUAAAUCCCCUCUCCCUCCGUGAGCUAACAAAAUCAUUGGAAAAAUCCUUAUUUUUGAUAAAAAACUUACUGUCCAUGACUAACAAGAAUUGCAAAAAAAAAAUUUUUUGGAUAUAUAAGUGAUGAUUAGUAUAAUAAAAUCUUUAGCUAUUUCUGUUUAAUUUAAACAGCUCGCAUUUAAAAAGAUAAAUUUUACUUUUUAAUUUUUGCGGAGUAUGAUUUUUUUUUAAUUUCGAAAAAAAAAUAUUAUAAAAUUUAUAUACAAAUUCGUGAGCGAUCAAUAUUUUUUUGUUCACUCACGGAGGGAGGGUGAGCAAGAUUAAUAUAGAAAGCUAUAAGGACGGCUGGGUUAUGAUCACUGGAUCUACAGCUGGAAUUGGGAAAGAGUUUGCUAACUACCCCCCCAUCCUUGAUCGAACGAUUUUCAUAUCAUGACAGUUUUUAUAUAUAUAAAAAUAUAUUAGUUAUCAAAAGCUUGGGAAGAUGUACAUAAUGAAGUUGUUUUCAGAGACUUUAAGACGACAUAAAGCUUCGGAAUCAACCAUUCGAAGUGAUUUAGUCAUCAACCUAGGCUUAAAGACUUAAUAAUCUAAUAAAAUAGAGAUUUUUUUAAAAUUUUUAAAAAAAAAAAUUAAUUUAAUAAGGAACAAAUUAAAAUUUAUACAAUUUAAAGGGGUAACUAAUAAAUCAAAAUAUUAAAAAUUGGUAUUUUUAUGAAAUUAAUUCAAUUUUUUGCUUUAAAAAUAAUUAUUAAGUACUCUUAACCCUCUUAUUUAAAAGUAAAUAAAAAACAAUAUAUAUAUAUUUUUUAUUUUAUAUAUAUAAUUUUUUUUCCCAAAAAAUUUUUUUUAACCCCCAUCCUUGAUCGAACGAUGGCUAGUCGUUCGAUCAAGGAUGGGGGGGAGUAAAGAAUUCUCUAGGAGAAACUUUAAAGUACUUUUAAUAGCAAGGAAUGAGAAGAAAAUCAAUGAGAUUAUUAGAGAAAUCAAAAAAGAAAACCCUGCAGCAGUUGUAGAAUAUAGCGCUUUUUGCACAUUUGCUUUGAAAGCAAUUAGAUUUACCAUAGAUGGCAAGAUCUAUAUCCAUAAUAUAAGUUUAUAAAAAAUUUAAGUAGUGUUCAAGGCAAUAUAUCCCUCAAUUUUUAGAGCAUGUUGCAAAUUAAAAUAUUUUUUAAAAUACUAACUCCCCCUCGUGAGCGGGCAAAACCAUUGGAAAAAUCCCUAUUUUUGACCAAAAACCCACCCUUCAUGAGUGGACAAAAUUUUUUUUUGUUCGCUUACUGAGGGGGGGAGUAAGCAACAUUUUCUAAGUUCUUAGUUUAGAUUCAAUGCCUUUUUUCAUUAGAGUGUUUUUAUGUGAAGAAUAUAUCAUUAGACUAGAAAAUUUGAAUAGGAUCUAAUUGGCUUUAGCUUAUUUGAAUUUUGUACGUUGGCUCCAUUUUUUAAAAUUUUGACGAGUCUAAAUAUUUUGAUAUAUCGUGCUAAAAUUAGCAUGAAAAUAAUUUUGGGAGAUUUUAUCGAUAAAAUUUAUAUCUUUUAAAGUAUUUUUGUUAUAUUAAGCUUCAUCUUUCUCCAAAAAUAUAAAACACGUCAAGAUUAUGCAGGAGAUUAUUAAUGUUACACCUAUUGGAGUAAUCUGCAUGAAGAGCUAUCAAUAGCCUUAUUGACGCAUCGCAUAUUAGCAAUCAUAAUGAUAUCACAGUUAAUCGCUUAAUAAAGAUUGAUGUUUUAUUUAUUUUAUAUCAAUUGUGUGUUUUCAGCCAUAUAAUUCACAUUUUAAAUUUUAGCUUGACAUGCCAAACUAUUUAGGUUCGUCAAAUUGUAAAAAUGAAGCCAACACACAAAUCCUUGCAAACUAAAAAAAUCGAAUCAUCCAUGCCAAGAUCGCAGAUUCCCUUAUUUCAACUUCAAGAAACUACUCUCACAAAAGCAGAGCAUUGAGCAUGAAAGCAGAAAAUUAAGCAUUUCGCAAGGGAUUAAACAUUUUAUUAGUUUUAAAUUUAAUAUUCUGAGUCAAAUUAAGGCGCGUGCAUCUUUCUCUUUGCUUCGCUUAAAUAUGUAUGCCAUCGAAAUAGGCUUCGCCCUCUUAUUCAAUUCUCAGGGCUUUUAAAGCAAAUGCACAAAAAAUUGUAUAUCUGGUAGCUGAUUUUAAGUAUUCCCAUAGAGACCCUGAAAAUUUUUAUCGCACCCUAAUUUCUUCACUUGCCAAUUAUGAAAUUUCUAUUUUAGUGAACAAUAUAGGAGUAGCUCACUUCAAAUUUUUGCCAGAACAAAGUCUUGAUGACAUUGAAGAAAUGCUUGGUGUUAACAUUUACCCACAGACCAUGAUAUCUUAUCAUUUACUUCCUAAACUUUUUCAAAGGUAUAAGAGAGAGAAUAAAAGAUCUCUUAUCAUGAACAUUUGUGCAAUUAUGGAUAUAAUGAUCACACCUACAGCUAGCAUAUACUCAGCUACUAAAAUUUAUAAUGCAUAUUUAAGCGAGAUUCUUAGAUAUGAAAAUUCAGAAUUUAUUGAUGUUGCUACUAUUAAGCCAGGCCCUGUGAUGACAGAUUUGGUGGUAAACAACCAUGGAGAAAAUUUUCCUAUGAUGAUUUCUGCUGAAUCUUUUGUUAGUAGCUCAUUAAAAAGCUUGCAUAAAGGGAUACAGUAUGGCCAUUGGAAGCAUGCGGUUUUUGCAAAAUUUUUUGAAGUGGUUCCUUAUCAAAUAAUGAUAUUUUUUGUGCAAAAGUUGAUCCCAAUCGCUAAAAUUUUCCGUUAAAUAAAGGACUCUUUUCAUACCUAUUAAAUUAUUUUUUAAAAUGAGUUCGAUAUUAUAGAAGAUUUUUGGAAUACCCAAAUUUGUUUAUUACUAAACUAUGGAUUAAGAAAUAUAAUUUAAUUCAAUAA